GUGCAUUAUGGGUACGAACUUUUGGCCCGACACCAAGCAUCUAUUUUUACUUCCGCAUUCGUCGUUGGAAACUACGAUCGACACAAACGUUGGAAAACCCAAGUAACUGUAGUUGAAUAUCUUCGUAUUAAAGAAGAAAGCUAACGGGGCUUGCCCGGAGUUUCGAUUGUUGACGCAGCAAAAUGGAUACACGUGACCGCAACAAGCUUCGCAUGAACCACCGCGAACUGAAGAGGACGGUCUCCACACGUUACAUCACGGGCUACCUGUACGAGAAGGGCACCCUGACCAUCGACGAUGUCGACCGGAUCAACACGCAGCCUACAGAGGCAGACAAGAUGGAGACCCUCCUCUUCAUGCUGCCCAGGAAGGGCGACGGAGCCUUUCAGAAGUUCUGCUCGGCCCUGAAGGAGAAGCACGAUGGGGCGUCUCUGUACAGAGAGUUGGCAGAGAAAUUGGAGUCAACUUUGUCAGAUGACGAAAGGGAAGGCCAGCAAGGGUCCUCCCCUGAUAUCCCAGAGGACGUUGCUCGCUGGGACCUCCUGCGGAAGCACCGUCGGGAUAUCGCCACCUGCCUGGACACAGAGAAGACCUGCUUGCUCCUCAUCAACUCCGACGUCCUGACCGAGAGGGAGCGCAACGUGAUCGAGAGGGAAGAGUCUCCACCCGAGAGGGCCCAGACUCUGCUUCGCAUUCUCCCCACCAAGGGGACCAAAGCGUUCCAUGCCUUCCGAGAGGCCCUCAAAGAGCAGGGUCGGGAUGACCUGGCAGCCCUCCUGGCCGGCCAACCCGGUAAAAUCUACAACCCCAUAAGCAACGUUGCCAAGUCGGUGAGCCACUUCUACACCUCCGAGGAUGUCAAGAGGGUCCGUCGUGCCAUGGGAGACAGACAGUUUGUUAUCGUGCUGUCUGGCAUCACCGGAUCGGGGAAGACCCAGGUGGCCUUGUCGCAGGCGGAGUUGUUCGUGGAGCGCCAUCCCACAGCCGUGGUGUGGAGGCUGGAUGGGCACGACAAGAAAAGUUUUCUCACCGACAAGCAGAAUCUCCUGGAGAAGCUGAAGGAGAAGGUGCCGACCGAUGACAGCCAAGUAGAUGCCAGCGUGGCGAAAGCGCUCGACAACCGAAAGACCCCAGUCCUGCUGAUCUUAGACGACCUCGACGACGGUCUGUUCCUGUCGCCCGACUUGCUGAAACCAAGGGAGGAGUCGAAAGUUCUGCUCAUCACUCACCGCAAGCGUCUCCAGCAGCCAGCAAACGUCUCCAUCCCAGAAGACGCCUACAUUCUCAUCAACGGCUUCUCAAAUGACGAGGCAAAGGAUUUCCUGCGAAUGCAGCUGCCAUAUCAUCCUCCUGACGAACUGGCGUGUUUGGCGUCGAAGUUCAGUGGUCUCCCACUGGGACUGGCGGCAGCUCGCAGCUACCUGCGCCAAACGAAGACAAGCGUGGAAAACUACCUGACUCUACUGGAGAAGAAAGAGACUGCGUCUAAAUUGGAGGAGAAAGCAGACGAGUGGAUGUCGCAGUUCUACGAGAAACCAGAGCUCCAGCAAACGGGCAGAAACCUUUUCGCUGCCCUGCGUUUGGCAGUCAGCAAACUGGACCAGCAGACAAAGUCGAUGUUCCAGUUGACCGGUUACAUGGACCAGAGUCGGAUCCCCAUCGUGAUCCUGAAGGAGGACGUGAAUGACUCGCCCGCCAUGAGAAGCAUGGCGCUAAACCAACUCGUCAUGCAGGUGGAGGACUUGUCCCUCGGAACCGUCGACGGCAUCGACAACGACCGCCUGCUCUCUGUUCACGAGGUGACGCAGCUGGUUAUGCGCCUGUCGUUUACCGAACAACAGGAGAAAGAACGUCUGAAGAAGAUCCAGAACAUACUUCUCAAGUACUUCGUCAAGGACAACCGAUACACCAAAUCUGGACGGCUGACUGAACUUCUCCAGCCUCAUGUUGGGAAGGUACUGCGGCACUCCAGGGAUGCUAACGACGACGGGAGCUUCUCCUUGGCACUGGCCCGCCUGAGCGAAGUGUACGGUUUCAUGAACACCCAGUGUGGGAUGCCUGGCAACGCAGAGGAACAUCUCAGAGCCGCCAAGGAUCACCUUGAGGAACUUGCCGGUAUCAACUGGGUUGAAGUCAACUCCAAGAUAGCUGAACAGCUGCAGCAAUACAAAAGUUUUGUCUCCUAUGACGAGCAGGGUAGUGUUGAAGAGAAAAGCAUAAAGGAAGCUGAAGCCCUCUACUGGAAGCUGUCCGAGGCGAGCAAGCGGCUGCCCGACGAGGUGUUCACCACCAUGAUCCAGAGCAAGGUGAUCGCAGAGCAAGACUUGGCCCUGUUCCGCGCGCUUGAUAAAGUCCCCGCAGGUUUGGUCCAGUCUGUCAGGGACAAGGAGCCGCUGACAGCAGGGCAGUACCAGAAGAUGGUGGAGGGCGGCAUCGCCAUUCCCAUCGAGCGCAUGAAGGAGGUGUACCUGCCGGAGCUAUACGCCUCCAUCAACUACUCCCUGGGACGCUGCUUCUUCUACAUGAAGGAAAAAUAUGCAGCCGAUCCGGUUGGGAAAGACGGCCUCAUCAAAAACAUGCGACUCGCCUUCCACGUGUGUAAGCAAAUCAAGAACCAUGCUGGGAUAUCAGUUCUGCACAAGUUCCUGUCUGAGACCAACGCCCUUCUGUAUCUGCGUCUAGAGGAAGGAGGGAAGAGUCCAGACGACCUCAGAAGGGAUAUCGAGCACGCCAUCCAGAGGUACUCAGAGUUCGUGGAGGGAAGAGGAGAAUACUUUGAAUUCGGCGUCCUGAAGAAGUCCGGGCAAGACAGCUAUGGCCUGAUGAUGUGCCACCGCCAGCUCGUGAAGUGUUUCAACAUGCUCAUCAACCUGGCCGACUCUGAGGGAGAACGGCUAGCGUGUAUCGAGAAGGCACAAAAAGAAUGCGAGAAGAUGAUCAAGCACGCAGAAAAUCAGGUGCAGAAGGACGACUAUGGGAAGAUCGUGGAGCGGCCAGAACGAUUGGCAGUUUUCUACAACACAGCAGGAAGAUUCCUUGCUGACGAUGGCGACAGUAUGAAGCUCGAUGAGGCACUUGACAUGUUCCAAAAGGCGUAUGACCUCGAGACAGAGAGGGAAAAGGAAGACUACCCCUUGUCGGACGCCCUGUUUGGGCUGGCCGAGGGUCUGGUACGUCGUAAGCAGGGCGACGAUCUCGAGAAAGCAGGGCGUUACGUUGGCGAGCUCUUGGAGUUGUACAACAGAAAAUGGCCAGACAAGAGGGUUGAGAUCGAGAGAGCCAAAAACAUAAGAGCUCAGAUUACUCAGCAUAAGUAGACAGCAUAUCCGGCAAUGAAAUUCUGUUCAGAGCCCUCGCCGCACUCAGAAACAUCAAACUUGUGUGUUGAGCUUCAUCAUUUUAAUUUGUGAGAAACAGAUCGGGUGACAAGUGUGUGUGUUUUGUGUUAUUUGUUUGCGCAUAAUUUACUCAUGAUUUUUAUAUCACUAGAAUUU